AUGCUGGAGAUGGAAAAUACCAAUCCACCAUGGCUGAAGCAACUGUUGAAAGCCAACUUCUACGCCGUCUAUCAGGCCCACGAAGACUACAGAUGUAAUAAGUGCAACCGCUACUGCAUAGAAUGCACUGGAAAUCCUUUCUAUGAGUACUGUUUAGAUGACCACGAAAACCACCAAAUCAUACAGAUAAGCAUGGUUCAUUUUCUGCAACUUGAAUCAUUUGUUGUCUAUCAAGUUCGCAUGUUGUUUCUCACUUCCAUUAUAGUCAAUUGGAAGGGUGCAAAUAUUCUCACUUUGAUAUUUACAUAUACACACCGCGAAGCUAUAUCUCGUGGUUCUCCAAAACAAACAUUCGCCGUUGAAACAGAGCUUAGUACAGGCGAAAUUGAUGACAGUUUCCAGAUUGACCAAUCAUCAACGCCAAACAGAAAAUUGAAGGAAAAGGAAAGGCAUUCAUCAACAAGCUCCUCUAACUUAAUUUGCCCAGUAGCUCAGCAACUGUUCAGUAAUCAGUGA